UUCGGAUUUGUGCGAUGGCGAGGGGAUAUCGACAACUCGGAUCUUGACGCGUAGGUGCUGUUGUCGGAUGAGCGAAAGGUCGAGAGCGCUCGAGCCCUGGGACGUUGGAUUCUGCCAUAUUUGGAGGGCAUUUUGAUACCCUUUCCUUCGAGGGAAGAGGAAGAUACGAACCUCCUCCGGGCUGAAGGAUUCCGACUUUUCUUGAGCUCCGGAGGCGGGAGACGAGAUUUCUUAUUGGGUAAGCUUGAUUGGGUGAACCAAGGAACAGCCGUGGUUCAGAUAAGUUUCUCGCUCUCUUCUCCGAAUGAUUUGCUGUCCCUUUCGUUGAUUCUCGUGGGAAAGAUUGGAUCUUUGGAUGCAAGAUUUGAGUUGAGAGGAUCUUUCUGAUGGUUCUGGUGGGUUAGACAGAGAGAUUUGACUUUUAUCCUGGGGCUAUAGGUCUUUUACCUCGUUCUUUGGGUGAUUGAUGAAAACCGUUCGUUUCAAUAGGAUCCCAUUCGCUGCCUUGGCGCGUCGUCGAACAUUUUAAUCUGUAUUUUUUUUUUUCCCUAUUGGUGAUAUACGUUUUCUUAAAACAAUAGCAAUCAAAAGAAAAUAACUGAUUGGAAAAAGAUUUAGGAAUUGGUUAUUCUUGUGAAAUAGAAAUGGGCAAGCCACCGGCUAAGAAGAAGAGUUCGGGGGGUAAACUGAAUGAUGCAACCUUGAAGCACUGCAAAUCCUGUGAUUAUAGCUCGAAGGUCUUCGAUGAGGACACCACAAUCUUCAUGGACAUGGCUCGUGAUAUGAAAGAGGAGGGCAACAAGUUGUUCCAAAAGCGGGAGUACGACAGAGCGCUAAUGAAAUAUGAGAAAGCCAUCAAACUGCUUCCAAAGAACCACAUUGAUGUUGCGUACCUCCACAGCAACAUGGCGGCAUGUUAUAUGCAGAUGAGCCCUGAGGAGUACCACCAAGCAAUCAGCGAAUGUAAUCUCGCCCUCGAGGUCUCACCCAAGUACAGCAAAGCUCUCCUGAAGAGGGCCAAGUGUUUUGAAGCAUUGAACAGGUUGGAAUUGGCCUGUAAAGACAUUGAUCUAGUUUUGAGUUUGGAGCCAAACAAUCUCACCGCAACGGAGAUUUCUAAACGAGUGAAGGAGGAGAUGGAGAGAAAGGGCAUCACAUUGGAUGAUAAGACACUUUUUCCGCUCCCAGAACCUCUGACGGUGAAAGCGAAGCCAAAAAAGAAGAAGUGCCAUAAAUCAGAGGAGAAAGUAGUAGUUGUGGAGGAGAAACAUGCUAAAGUUAAAGAAGAACCUAUGAAGAGCAUCAAGUUAGUUUUCGGGGAAGACAUAAGAUGUGCUCAGAUACCAGCUAAUUGUACAAUGUUGCAGUUGAGAGAGAUUGUCGUUAACAAAUUUCCGAGCUUGAAGGCUGUCCUUAUCAAAUAUAAGGAUAAAGAGGGUGACUUGGUGACAAUAACUACAUCUGACGAGUUGAGGUGGGCGGAAGAAUCUUCGGAACCACAGGGGUCGGUCAGACUUCAUAUAAUAGAAGUUGAUCCUGAGCACGAUCCUUUACUUGUAGAGGCAAAGAAAGAAUCUUCGAGGAAGCUGGACAGAAGCAUCUCUAGAAAUCGGAGCAUCAAAUGUGAUGACAUCAAGGUUUCUUCAGUCUGUGUUGAUGACUGGAUUGUGCAAUUCGCUCAGCUAUUCAAGAACCAUGUUGGUUUCAAUUCUGAUGCGUAUCUGAAUCUUCAUGAGUUAGGAAUGAAACUAUAUUCAGGGGCAAUGGAAGAGACUGUCACGAGUGAAGAGGCGCAAGAAAUUUUUGAACUUGCUGAGGAGAAAUUUCAGGAAAUGGCAGCUCUGGCCUUGUUUAACUGGGGAAAUGUUCAUAUGUCUCGAGCAAGGAAGAGGUUGUUCUUGUCAGAAAAUGCUUCAAAGGAAUCAAUGCUGGCACAAGUCAAAGCUUCAUAUGACUGGGCUCAGGGCGAGUACAUCAAAGCAGGACAGCGUUAUGAUGAAGCUUUGAAAAUUAAGCCUGACUUCUGUGAAGCUCUUCUUGCACUUGGACUGCAACAUUUUGAGCAAGCAAAGCUUUCAUGGUGUUAUGCAAUUGGAAGCAAGGCAGAUCUGGAGAAGUGGCCUUCAUCAGAAGUCCUAGAGCUAUUCAACCAUGCUGAGGAUAACAUUGAAAAGGGAACAGAGAUGUGGGAGGAGAUAGAAGAGCAGCGAUUGAAGGAACUUACUAAAGCCAAUGAGGAAAGAAUCUUAUUGCAAAAGAUGGGCUUGGAAGACUACUUCAUAGAGCUUUCGAAUGGUGAAGCCGCGGAACAGGCUUACAACAUGAGAGCUCAGAUAAAUUUACUAUGGGGAACCAUGCUUUAUGAGCGGUCUGUUGUGGAAUUCAAAUUAGGCAUUCCAAUGUGGGAAGAGUGCCUGAUGGCAGCAGUGGAAAAAUUUAAUCUCGCAGGAGCUUCUCCAACUGACGUUGCUGUUAUGAUAAAAAGCCAUUGUGCCAAUGAAACUGCCCAAGAAGGAUUUGGUUUCAAGAUCGAUGAGAUUGUUCAGGCAUGGGAUGAGAUGCAUGAUGCAAGAAGGUGGAUAAAUGGUGUUUCAUCUUUCAGACUUGAGCCUUUAUUACGUCGACGAGCUCCGAAGCUGCACCAUAUGUUGGAGCAUGCAUGAUUUAUAAAUGACUUCCUGCAUCAAUUCAGAUUCAAUGGCCAUUGUUGAGAACAGUAUAACUUGUAUUCCUGCCUAUUUUCUGCUUUGCACAUAGGUUAUCUUGCUUGAUGCACUGUAAUAUUCGAUUGUUUACUUCUUGCAGAGAAGAGUUUGUUUUCUACAAUCAUAUAGCAGAAUUCUUUUUCCUUCCAUGUGCUGGGCUCUCGGGAGCCUAGUCAUGCAUACGACAAUUUGAUAAAUGGUGGUCGUGCAGUCUGACAUUUCCGUCAUCGUGCCCUCUUAGUAUUGGUCACAGAAGCUUUUUGUUAUUUUUUUGAGAGAGAAAACAUAAUAUACGGCAGUGCUCAUUGUUUCUCAUAUACAAGAUGAUUUGUUUUGUUUGUUUCCAUAAUGCUUUUGGGUAUGUAUUAAACAGACAAGUUAUAUUAUUAUCAGAAGUUUGAAACAGAUCAAAUUACUC